CUUCGUGCAUGGCUUAUGCCCCCUUUUUAGUUGUUUUAUGCUUGACUUCAUAUCACCUUCUUCCAUUAUAGGGUAAGCUAUACGAACGUUUAUGGCGUUACUUGAGCUUAUAUUCAGAAUAAGUUUCUCAUUCCAAACCUAGUGGAUGGCUGGCUUAGAGAACUUGAUACUUCAUACUUCAACUGCGAGGUCAGUUGAUCUUUCUUCCUAUUUCAGAAGCUUCUAGUAGCACUAUCUUCGAAUUUCAAAGGCUUCCUAUAGAAGAGCUCCAUUGCGAAUCAUCAUUUCCCUUGCCCAAUGGCAAAUGGGAACAGAAAAGUGUAGUGAUUCGAAAAUAGGAGUUCUGUUCAAUUUUGUAAGGAUGAUACAUUAGGAAGAGUGGUAUGUUUUAUUAAUAAAAUAAUAAUUUAUUAAAUUAUAAAAAUAUUAGUAUCCCCACCUGGAACUGAUUGUAUUUUUGGUCCCAAAUCGGACUAAAUAUCCCGAUCCUUCCUAGGGUAAAAAUUUGUCAAUGGUGUCAUUUAGAACCAUAUGUGUAGCAUAUUAACUAUAUGGGAUAUUAUGGAUUGGGAAUCAGUUUGCUUUGAGUGGGCAUUAGUCCAAACCCCAAAGUAGGAUGGGAGGAAUCCAUACUCAAGGCAUAUAUGCCAAAGCCCACCCCUAAAGUAAAGCUACCAAAUCCUAUAGUACUUUCUUAAAUUCAUAUUCUUAUAAAAUCUUUAUAUAUAAGAUAAUUUUUAAUACUAAUAUUCAGUCUCAUGCACCUCAUAUUGACACAAGCUUCUUGAGUAAUUGCAAACCAUUCAAGUAGCAGAUUCUUCCUUAACCCCAUCUCUUAUAUAAAGCGUUCAUAUCCUCCUUGCAAGAGAGACAAAGGAGUGGCUUUGUUGUAACCAAAGGGAUGGAUUGGCUCUACCCAAAGAGGAGGGGUCCAGAAUGGAAACAAGGGUGGACAGGCCAGACCCUGGCCUCCAUCUCCGCCCCGCCGCUGCCACUGCUAGCCAUCUUCGCCAUUGUCAUCUUCUUGUUAUCCCUCUCUCAAUACACCAACUACAAGGCCCAGCUCCAACACUCCAUGAUCAACGUCCAGCUCUUCCUCCUCUUGCUGCCCAUUCUGCUCAUCUUCAUUGUGCUUUCUGGGUUUACCAGCGGCAGGUACACCUUGUGGCCGCUCCGGCCCGACCGCGACACCGCGGCUCGCCAGACCGGGGGUUCGCCGUGGGGCGUCGCCAUCUUGCUGGUGGUGCUUCUUCUGCUGGUGUCUUACCAGUCCUCCUUCCACUCUAAGUGGUUUGGACCUCUUUCUAGGUUGGAAUAGGCAUAGAAUUAUGAUUGGUUUGGGCCUCCUUUGUGGUCUUUCUGAUGGGCUUACGGGCUUUGAGGGUGAGGGAUGGCGCCUUGUGCUCUUGUUUUGUUCUUUUCCUCGUGUUGUGACAAUUCUCUCUACUGGAUGGUGAAAAAGUGUUUUUAACU